ACGAAGAGAUGGUUCACUCUCGUUUUCUAAGCCUUGUAUUGGUCCUUGUGACCAUUGCCUCCAUAUUCUCCACAUUUGCUGAGGCUAAUAGAGGAUUUGACUGGGGUUGGGGUGGUGGCUCCAACUAUUCAAGUGGUUCAGGUUCAAGCCCGAGCUCGGGAUGGGGUUGGGGUGGGGGCUCUGGCCAAUCAAGUGGUUCAGGUUCUAGCCCGGGCUCAGGAUGGAGUUGGGGCUCUAGCCAUAACGGAUCAGGCUGGGGUUGGGGUUGGGGUUGGGGCUGGAGUCCUAACAACACACCAAAGCCAGGAUUUGGCGGCUCGAGCUCCGGUUGGGAUCCUAAGAACAUAAACAACACGGGACCUGGUGGCUUGGGUUCGGGAAGGGGGUGGGGAGGUCAUUCAAAAGGAUAUAACGCCACCUACAAUGCACCUAGAAAGAUCAUAGUCGGUGGAGACAAAGAGUGGACUUAUGGUGUCAACUACUCCGACUGGGCCUCUAAGACUGCUCCCUUCUUUCUCAAUGACGUACUAGUGUUCAAAUACAACCCACCAGCCCCGUUCACGCACAGUGUCUACUUGUUUUCGGACCCUUGGAGCUAUGAGAAGUGCGAUGUGAAAAAAGCAAGGAUGAUUGCUUCUCCGAAGCAAGGAGCUGGAAAUGGCUUUGAGUUUGUUCUUAACAAAAUGACGCCUUACUACAUUUCAUGCGGCGAGCACGACGGUGCUCACUGCAGCAACGGAACCAUGAAGUUCACCGCCAUGCCUAUCCUCCCCCGUUGGUCCAUUCGGUUCGUCUUGUCGGUUCUUUGGGCAAGUGUUACGCAAAUACUAAAUCAAAACACGUACGAAAGAAGAAGCAAAACGAUGGCUCUCUCUGGUUCACAAAAGAAACUGCUCCUACUCGUCUUAGCGUUUGCAUGUCUUUCCUCAUCAGGCGCAGAGGCGUGGAGCUGGAGUUGGAGCAACGGAUCGGGUUGGGGCUGGGGAUCGGACGGCUCAAGUAGCUCUAGCUCAGGUCCUGGUUCAGACUCUGACGGUUCAAGUUGGAGGUGGGGGCCAUGGGGCUCAAGUCCUGGUUGGGGCUGGAGUUGGGGAUCCGACGGCUCAGACAACUCGGGAUCAGGUUCGGGUUCGGGUUCAAACUCUGAUGGCUCUGGUUGGGGCUGGGGCUGGGGAUGGGGAUCAGACGGGUCAAGCAGCUCGAGUUCGGGUUCGGGUACUAACCCUGAUGGGUCAAGUUGGGAUUGGAAGUGGAAUCCUAGGUCAGGCUGGAGUUGGAGUUGGGGUUCAAACCAUAACGAUUCAAGCAGUUCCGAUUCAAGUUCGGGCUCGGUUUCAGACAGUGAAGCGCCAAGAAAGAUUGUAGUGGGAGGAUCCGAGGGAUGGAGAAAAGGGUUGGAUUACAAAGAGUGGGCUUCUAAGAAUGCUCCUUUCUAUAUAGAUGAUGUUCUUGUUUUCAAGUACGACAAACAUGCCAAGCGAAGGAAUAAUGUUUAUCUGUUCCAAGACCCGUGGAGUUACGUGAACUGCGACAUUAAGAAUGGGAAGAAGAUUGGUUUAACGAAUAAAGGAACCGAGGAGAGCUUCAAUAUUACACUAAAGAAAAUACAGCCUUACUUCUUUGCUUCGGGGGAGCAUGAUGGUGAUUAUUGUAGCAACCACAACAUGAAGUUCACCGUGUUCCCCGUUCCUCACCGUUCUGACUAAAUUCUUUAGCCCAUUUUUUCAGGGUUUUGAUUAGAAUUUUUCCUUGCUUUUUGGGAUUUUAAUUUUUUUCUCUUGGAUAUGAGACUAAUUGAUUUUUUUUUUACCUUAUAGACUUAACUUUCCAAAACAUUACGCUAUAUAUAUUGAUAUUUGCCAAAUUAGCC